UUCGCUCCGACGCACCAUGUACGAGUCGCGCCACUACCGACCGCCGUACACGGAGCCCAAGCAGCCGAACCGAUUGAUGUAUCCGUUCUUUGGGCUCCUCGCGUUUUGCCUCUUCGUCACGACGAGCCUCUCCAUGCGCACGACCAUCCCGCAUCGGAACGAAUCCCCGUCGCUUCGGCUCGACGAACCGCGGGCGCCCAAGUUGUCGUCCGACCAUGUACCCUACCUCCCUCGAUUUGGAAAUGUCGAGGAGAAGCAGUAUGCUGGCCUAGUGACGGUGAAUGCGGCUGAAGGCAACAUCUUUUACUGGUUCUUUGAAUCCCGCGUGAACCCAUUGUCCCGUGAUACUCCUUUGAUCGUGUGGCUAAACGGCGGGCCCGGCGCGUCGUCCAUGACGGGCCUGCUGACCGAAAUGGGUCCAUACCGCAUGAACGCGGACGGGACAAUGUCGAGUCAUCCGCACAGCUGGACCAACCUUGGCCACAUGCUGUUCUUCGACCAACCGGUGGGAACUGGGUACACAAGCGCCAAGAACGAAUCUGGCUAUGUGAAUUCGCAACUCGAAAUGGCCGAGCAAUUGUACAUUGCGCUCACGUCGUUUUACGACCUCCAUCCAGAAUACGCGAUGAAUCGAGUCGUGAUCGCUGGCGAGUCGUAUGCCGGCAAGUACGUGCCUCACAUUGCCCAUUACAUCCACGAAAUGAACCAAAAGAAGAGCGAGAAGAAAACAUCGAUCAACCUAUGGGGUGUCGCGAUCGGAAACGGCGAAAUGAAGCCGUUGGUCCAAACCAUGACUGUCGCCGACUACGCACUAUCGCUGGGUCUCAUCGAUAAGGAACAGUUUGACCAGCACCGACAGUCCCUGGAGAAAUGCGCGUCGCUCGUGCAAGAGGGAAAGCUCGUCGACGCGUUUGGAGUGUGCCAGCGCACUGAGGACGAGAUCUACCGCGAGGCUGGGAACCCGUUCAUUUACGACAUCCGCCAACAAGGCAAUGCGUUCACUGCCCUCACGCUGACGCUAUCCAAGUACUUCAACUUGCCCGAGACGCGCGAAGCUCUCAACAUCCCGCCCAAUACCCUCUGGACGUCCAUCGACGGGUCGUCCUAUGGCGACGACCCGACUGCGCCGGCCAUCGCGCGCCAUUUGCUCAAUGACGAAAUGGUGGACGUGUCGGACGAAAUCUUGGAGACCCUCAUGAACAAGUACCACGUGCUCUACUAUGCCGGCAACAUGGAUGGGUCGAGCUGCAACCACCUGGGCAUGUCUCGCGUGGUCGACCAGCUCAAGUGGAACGGCGCGGAAGAAUUCCAUCGAGCCACGCGGCACCCGUGGAAGGUGAAUGGCGACUCCGUCGGUGGCCUUGCCAAGGAGGGCGGGAACGUCGCCGUCGUCGUCAUCACGAACUCGGGGCACUUGGUUCCGACCGACCAGCCCGAGGCGUCGUUGGAAAUGAUGCGCCGGUUUCUCACACAGCGCUCGUUUGCGUUGCCAUAGAGGUGUCCGUGUUGAUGUGUGGAAAUAGAACGACGAAAGACAGCGCCAUGCUGCUCUCUUUUGGGAUCGUGUGUGGGCCA